ACGCGCAUGCGCAGCGCGCGCCGCGUGUGUGGUGGUGGUCGUAGUUGGUGGUGGUGGUGUUGGUGGUUGUUAGUGGUGGUGUUUGUGGUGGUUGUUAGUGGUGUUAGUUCGUAAUGGCGAGCAAGGCGCUCGGUCGUGGAGCCGUGGCGCUGAGCCGGCUACAGCAGGUAGUGCGGACAUGUGUGGCUCACACGGCGCUGUCUCCUGCACCUGGCUCCCAGGUAUCGGCACCGCUGGGGUUCUCGUUGGGAACAGCCCGCACUCUGUCUAGUGCAACAUCCCUGGUGCACGUAUCGGAGGAGCCGGACGUGCUGUACAAGCGGCUCAUCGUGCGGGUCAAGGCUCACGAGCGCCCACUGCUCGACAGCUACGAGUUCUUCAUCACACGCACGGCACAGUUCCUCAACAUCCCGAUCCACACUGUCUAUGAGCCGCGCCGCAAGAUCGAGCGCCUCACCGUACUCAAGUCGGUUCACAUCUAUAAGAAGCACCGCGUGCAGUACGAGAUGCGCACGCAUUUCCGCGUCAUAGAGCUUAAGUACCUGACUGGUAGCACGGCUAAUGUGUACCUGGAGUACAUCCAGAGGAACCUGCCAGAGGGAGUGGCCAUGGAGGUCACACGGCACACGAUUGAGCAGAUCCCGGAGCACAUCGCCAACCCCGAGUGGAAAAAAGGAGCGCAGCAAGAAGGCGCCAAACCUGAACUCCCGUCGUGAAGACCCCCGACCCAGCCAAGUCCUCUCCCGCCUCAUCCCUCCUGCACACGAGGGGUCUUUUUACAAGAAUCACCGACUGCUCAAUCCGCUAAAGCAUGAGCCAUUCACGCGGCGAUUAUUGCAGAGAGAUACGGGGAAAACCAAGUACAGGCUCGGCACACUCUCUGAUGUACUGAGAGUAAAAUGUAAUGCGUUACUUGUUAUUGUUGUUGGAUUACCACAGGUAGCAGUGAUCCUAUAUUGUUACUUUGUGGUUAACACAAACCAAAAGUUGUAUUCAUAUACUGGGUCAGAAUUGCCUCUACCACCAUUCCCCUGAGGUCAAUAAAUACCCUUUUUGUGGGAAGUUGUGGUUGCCCUCCAUACAUACUGGCCCCUACAAUGGGAAUGUGAAAUUUAUAAAUGUAUCACCCACCUUAAUCGCUGAUAAAAACCCAAUUUAUCUGGCUGGUCAUGUACAAAGCGCUCAUAAAGUGGCCGUUGGAGCAUUUGAAGUCCGCAAUGUUGAAACUUCUAUUAAAAUCCCAGGCACAUCCACCUUCUGUUGUGGGUCCUGUGAUGUAAAACUCAAUCGCACCUCUAAAUAUGCAUUGUUUUCAGAAAUACAUUUAUAUUCAAAUCUGCAA